AUGACAUGUGCAUUGUAUGCAUGGAACUGGAAACGUAAAGGGAAAAGCUUGCAAAACAAGAGAACAACUCCUGUGGUCCCAGUGGAAAUAUUUAAAUCAAGUUUUACAAAACCUUCUCCUCAGGAGCCUCGCAUGAAAGAGACUACCGAAAGAGAUACAGCCCAUUCAACUUCAUCAUUGCAUGUUCCUUUCAGUACAUCCGCAACAAGCGUGAAAAAAAUCAAAACGGAAACGACGUUAAACUACAUCAUACAAAGAGUGCUACACCUGCAAGACUUCUGUUGUGCGAUAACAACAAGAUGCAAAAUCAAAACAUUAGAUGUGAUAGCAUUGCUUUGGUCAAAUAGUGUUACAAUGAAUGACCUUAUUGAGAAUGAGUCAAAAUUAAAUGAAAUAGGACUUGACUUAACUGAUCAACGUUGCGACAAUCUGGAAAGAAAUCUUUCUGGUCUUAACCUUGGACUUGAUAAAGUUGCCAGGGAUGGAAACUGCUUUUUCACUGCAGUCUCCAGACAGCUCAAGAAACACCUGAUGCUUUACAGAGAACAAUUAGAAGCACGCUGUACAAUGCUUGGGAUGGGUAUGAGUGAGGAAGCAGAUAAAGAAAAACUUAGGAAGCUGUUCGUCAAAGAAGUUUUAGAAAAUAUAGAUUACUACAAAAAUUGGAUGACUAGCGAUAACUAUUCARAAGAAGUUAAUAAGUUCAACCAAGAUGGYUAUUUUGCCAGUGAAGUGGGCGACCUUUGUGCGAAGGCCACAGCCAGACUUCUACGAAUCCCAAUUGUUAUCGUAACAGCACUUCCAACUCAGCCCACUGUGCCAUUUCUACCGCAGGAAUUCAUCAUUGCGAUACCCAUUUACAUUGCUUACGAUCAUUCUGGACCUGGACACUACGACGGAACAAUAGAAAGUUCAGCUUCUGAUGAGCAAUCCAUUGCAAACGUAGUAAAUGAGAAAGGGUGUACAUGCGGUAAAAACUCACAAAAAGAAAAUAAGGUUUCGUGUGUAUCAGAUAACUGCCCGUGCAAAAGGAAAAAGAAAUCCUGUACACGUAAGUGUCGAUGCUGCAGAUGUAAAAACACCCAAACAGCGGGCAAGGACGCUGUAGUAAAAGAAAGCCUUUAUGAGAAAAGCUGCAGAUGCGGACAAGGUAGAAAAUCUAAGGGAGAGCAACCGAUUCAGGAAGCGUGUAGGGAUGGCAGUAGAAAGUCUAAGUGUCCUUGUGUGGCAAGCGGUAUUGGAUGUACAAAAAUGUGUAGGUGUUUAAACUGUGCAAACAUAAUUCAGUCACGUGUUGCCCCUUCAACGCCUACAAAGCCAAGGAAAAGAAAGAGGGAAUUAGCUUCUCCCUAUAAGAGAAAAAGGGGAAAAACUUUCAUGGAAAGUAAAAAUGUGUCCAUGAAGCCAGGGAUAUGGAUAAACCUAGAAAUAUAUUGUUUGAURAUAUGCCGUGAGGUGCUGUUGUCUCAGGAUAUUUCAGUAGAACCAAGCAAUUUGAAAUCGUUGUAUAAUUUUGUUGCAGGAUCAAAUAACAUUAAGGCCAUGUCUUUAACAAUAAACUUGAAAUCUCAAGCCCAAAUUACGGCAAAAUUAGCACACAUCAAGAAUUACCACAAAGUAAUUUUCUGAAAUCAAGCUCGAUUUGUGUUCUAGGUGUGUUCGAUGAAGCUUGAA